AGGGCGCAGGCAGCGCAGGUCUGCAACUGAGACCGUGCACGCAGCAGCGGAGAGCGGCUCCGAGUCCGCACCUGGGAGUCGCGCCCGGACGCAACGCGCCCGCAGUGCUCGCUGCGCCCGGGCUGGCAUGGGGAGGCCCGGCUGAGCGCCGCACCCCACCGCCGAGACCCGCCCGCUCUUCCACCGCGGCUCUCGCGCGCGCACAGCCGAUGGCGAAAGCGACGUCCGGCGCCCCGGGGCUGGGGCUGAAGCUGUUUUUGCUGCUGCCGCUGCUGGGCGAAGCCCCGCUGGGCCUCUACUUCUCAAAGGAUACUUACUGGGAGAGGCUGUAUGUGGACCAGCCACCUGGCACACCCCUGCUCUAUGUCCAUGCCCUCCGGGAUGCCCCUGAAGAAGUCCCCAGCUUCCGCCUGGGCCAGCAUCUCUCCAGCGCCUUCCGCACACGGCUGCAUGAGAAUGAUUGGAUCCGCAUCCAUGAGGACACUGGCCUUCUCUACCUCAACCAGAGCCUGGACCACAGUUCCUGGGAACAGCUCAGCAUCCGCAACGGUGGCUUCCCCUUGCUCACCAUCUUCCUCCAGGUCUUCCUGGGGUCCUCAACCCAGCGGGAGGGCGAAUGUCAUUGGCCAGGCUGUGCCCGGGUGUACUUCUCCUUCAUCAAUGACUCCUUCCCAGCCUGUAGCUCCCUCAAACCUCAGGACCUCUGCGUCCGGGAGACGGGCCUGUCCUUCCGCAUCAGGGAGAACAGGCCCCCGGGCACCUUCUACCAAUUACACCUGUUGCCCGUGCAGUUCCUGUGCCCCAACAUCAGUGUGACCUACAGGCUCCUGGAAGAGGAGAGUCUGCCCUUCCGCUGCAACCCAGACACCUUGGAGGUGAGCACCCGCUGGGCCCUGGACCGGGAGCUUCAGGAGAAGUAUGUGCUGGAGGCCGAGUGCAGCGUGGGCACCGGUGCCAACGAAGAGAAGGUGACCGUGUCCCUCCCGGUGACCGUGUACGACGAGGACGACUCGGCACCCACCUUCUCCGGAGGUGUGGACACUGCCAGUGCUGUGGUGGAGUUUAAGCGGAAGGAGGGCACUGUGGUGGCCACUCUGCAUGUGUUUGAUGCAGAUGUGGUGCCAGCAUCUGGGGAGCUGGUGAGACGGUACACAAGCACACUACUCUCAGGGGACUCCUGGGCCCAGCAGAACUUCCGGGUGGAGCACUCACCCAACGAGACCUUGGCCCAGGCCAACAACAACUCCGUGCGGGCAACCAUGCACGAUUACAAGCUGGUUCUCAACCGGAGCCUCCCCAUCUCAGAGAGCCGAGUCCUGCAGCUGGUGGUCCUGGUCAAUGACUCAGACUUCCAGGGGCCUGGGACAGGUGUCCUCUUCCUCCACUUCAACGUGUCUGUGCUGCCUGUCACCCUGAACCUACCCAGUGCCUACUCGUUCCCAGUGAACAGAGGAGCUCACCUUUAUGCCCAGAUUGGGAAAGUCUGUGUGGAAAACUGUCAGGAGUUCAGCGGCAUCUCCGUCCAGUACAAGCUACAGCCCUCCAGCACCAACUGCAGCGUUCUAGGUGUGGUCACCUCGGCUGAGGACACCUCGGGGACCCUCUUUGUAAAUGACACAGAGGCCCUGCAGCGACCUGAAUGUGCCGAGCAUCAGUACACGGUGGUAGCCACUGACAAGCAGACCCGCCAGCAGGCCCAGGCUUCACUGCUCAUCACAGUGGAGGGGACAUACGUCGCUGAAGAAGAGGACUGCCCCAAGUCCUGUGCAGGCAACAAGAGACGGCCCGACUGUGAGGAGUGUGGUGGCCUAGGCUCUCCCACGGGCAGAUGUGAGUGGCGUCAGGGAGACGGCAAAGGAAUCACCAGGAACUUCUCUACCUGCUCCCCCAGCAUCAGGACCUGCCCCGAUGGCCACUGUGAUGCUGUGGAGAGCCGGGAUAUCGACAACAUUUGCCCCCAGGACUGUCUCCGUGGCAGCAUUGUUGGAGGACACGAGCCCGGGGAGCGCCGGGGGAUUAAAGCUGGCUAUGGUACCUGCUACUGCUUACCUGACGAGAAGAAGUGCUUCUGUGAGCCAGAGGACAGCCAGGGUCCGCUGUGUGACGAGCUGUGCCGCACGGUGAUCACAGCUGCCGUCCUCUUCUCCUUCAUCAUCUCGGUCCUGCUGUCCACGUUCUGCAUCCACCGCUACCACAAGCACGCGCACAAGCCGCCCAUUGCUUCCGCGGAAAUGACCUUCUGCCGGCCAGCCCAGGGCUUCCCAAUCAGCUAUUCCUCCUCGGGGACCCGCCGGCCCUCCCUGGAUUCCAUGGAGAACCAGGUGUCUGUGGACUCGUUCAAGAUCCCGGAGGAUCCAAAGUGGGAAUUUCCUCGGAAGAACUUGGUUCUUGGCAAAACCCUAGGAGAAGGAGAGUUUGGAAAGGUGGUCAAGGCGACAGCCUUCCGUCUAAAAGGCCGAGCAGGAUACACCACAGUGGCCGUGAAAAUGCUGAAAGAAAACGCCUCCCAGAGUGAGCUCCGAGACCUGCUGUCUGAGUUCAACCUCUUGAAGCAGGUCAACCAUCCACAUGUCAUCAAGCUGUAUGGAGCCUGCAGCCAGGACGGGCCACUUCUUCUCAUUGUGGAGUAUGCCAAGUAUGGCUCCCUGCGGGGAUUCCUCCGUGACAGCCGCAAGAUUGGGCCUGGCUACGUGGGCAGUGGAGGCAGCCGCAAUUCCAGCUCCCUAGACCACCCGGACGAGCGGGUACUGACCAUGGGCGACCUCAUCUCCUUUGCCUGGCAGAUCUCAAGGGGUAUGCAGUACUUGGCUGAGAUGAAGCUCGUACAUCGGGACUUAGCUGCCAGGAACAUCUUGGUGGCUGAAGGACGGAAGAUGAAGAUUUCUGACUUUGGGCUGUCCCGAGAUGUUUACGAAGAAGAUUCCUAUGUGAAGAAAAGCAAGGGCCGGAUUCCUGUCAAAUGGAUGGCAAUCGAGUCCCUUUUCGAUCAUAUCUAUACCACCCAAAGUGAUGUGUGGUCCUUUGGGGUACUCCUAUGGGAGAUUGUGACCCUGGGGGGCAACCCCUACCCUGGAAUUCCUCCUGAACGACUCUUCAAUCUUCUGAAGACGGGCCACAGGAUGGAGAGGCCGGACAACUGCAGUGAGGAAAUGUACCGCCUGAUGCUGCAGUGCUGGAAACAGGAGCCAGACAAGAGGCCAGUAUUUGCUGACAUCAGCAAGGAUCUGGAGAAGAUGAUGGUCAAGAGCAGAGACUACUUGGACCUGGCAGCCUCCACCCCGUCUGACUCACUGCUUUACGAUGACGGCCUCUCGGAAGAGGAGACGCCCCUGGUGGACUGUAACAGCGCUCCCCUCCCGCGCUCCCUCCCUUCCACAUGGAUUGAAAACAAACUCUAUGGCAUGUCAGACCCGAACUGGCCUGGAGAGAGUCCUGUACCACUCACGAGAGCCGAUGGCACUAGCACUGGGUGCCCGAGAUAUGCAAAUGAUAGUGUAUAUGCUAACUGGAUGGUUUCACCCUCAGCGGCAAAAUUAAUGGACACACUUGAUAGUUAACAUUCCUUUGUGAACGGUAACGGACUCCCAAGGGGGACGGGACAUACCAAGAGCACCAGGUCCACCGGCCCCUUGGCGCCCAUCACACUGGCCAAGACCAGCGCACGGUGGCAGACACGUUUUCUGUAGUUGUUUUAGCUGGUUUCCAAAGUGGUUUUCCUUCCGUUUUACCAGCCGGUGGUCCUCCCUCCUGGCACACUUGCCCCACUGGGUGGGUGUUCAAGUCUCUGGUUUAGAGCCCCUUUCUCUUUGGUAUCGGGUAGCACCUCUGUUGGUCUGUUCAUCAGUAGCCACCAUGAGCUCUGUGGUCACCUGUGUGGGGUCUGCCCUUCACAACUUGUAUGAGAAAUUGUACCUGAACUGUAUUUUCCUGGUUGAUAUAAACCCACUACGCAAAAAAAAAAAAAGUUUCAACCCGAAG